CGUAGUGUCCGAAUUCUCGUUUGUUCGUUCCCUAUAUAGUGCACUAUAUCAUGAACAUUAUAGGGAAUAGUGAGUGAGUGUAUAGGGAACGAUUUCGAACACAGCUACUGUGUGUGGUACCCAGACCUCUUCUCGGUUUGGCGUUAGCCAGGGCAGGCUAAUUAAGAUUUGCAGUCUGCUAAAGAUGUCCUCGGUGGUUUCCGUAGUUGCCAACAGAGAGGCGCAUGCGCAGAACGUGUGAAACGCUCUCCAUGCUUGUGGCCGUUGGUCCUACUGUCAACUUGAUGUUCUAACUUAAGUUCAAUUCAGAAACAGCAAUUAGCAGUACAGUACCAUGGGAGGGCAGGCAAAGGGCAAAAAGAAGAACAAAACGAAAAGAAAAGACAACCACUCAAAUGGAGGUACAGGAAUGGCUGACCUAUCGCCUCACGAAAGGGUCAAACUACGUAUGCAGGAGAAAGCCAAGAAAAAGACAGCCGAGAGAUAUUCUGUCCAACAACUCCUAGAAAAGACGGAGGAGUGCAUGGACAGCUUCGACUUUGAGAUGGCAAAUCGCUUCUGUCAGCGGGCGCUGGAUGUAGAGCCGACCCAUCUACAGGCACUAGACAUCCUGGGACACAUCUGCUCAGAGCUAGGAGACAGACAGAAAGCUAAAGAAGUGUUUCUGCGUGCUGUGGAGAUAAGUCCAAAUGAAGGCCACAGUAAAUACAUGUUACUGGGACAGAUACACAGUGGACCAGAAGCUGUGGAAUACUACACUAAAGGAAUAGAGAUACUGCUGUCCGUUCUGGAGAAAGAAAAACAGACCACUGCCCUGGUAGGAGCUUGCGCAGCUUCUGAUGAGGAUGCUGAAAUACCAACAACCAAAGACGUAUGUGUGGCCUACUGCUCUGUGGCAGAGAUCUACCUGACAGACCUCUGCAUGGAGGAGGGAGCGGCGGACAAGUGCAGAGAGUCCAUAGAGAAGGCAUUGCAUUAUCACCAUGACAACCCCGAGGCUCUCCAGCUCAUGGCGAGCUAUCUGUUCAGUGCUGAGAGGAACCAGGAAGGAAAAGACUAUCUCAUGAGGAGUGUGGGGGCAUGGCUUCCUGCCUUCAAACAAGCAGAAGCUUCAUCUGGCCUGGAGGACGAACACGACCAGGUGAGACGCUCCCAAUAACACAAUCCCCCCUAUGAUUCCCGCAUCAGUACUGCCAAACUACUAAUUGAGACCGAAGAAUUUGAGAUGGCGGUGGAUGUGUUGGAGGGGCUUCUAGAAGAGGAUGACGAGGUGGUCCAGGUCUGGUAUUUGUCUGGCUGGGUGUGCUACCUUCAGAUGCAGCGAGCGGGAGAGCACUUGGCUGGAGAGGCCAGAGAGUCAACAGAGGCAGAACAAGAGGAGUACGAUGCCUUGAAGGAGGCAGCGAGGUCGUACCUGACCAGAGCUAAGAAGCUCUACAUCAAGCUGGGCUGUGAUGACCAGCCCAUCCUGGACCACGCUGAGUAGCUGCUGGGGGAGCUGGGAGGUGAGACCGAGGGGGACGAGGAGCAGGGAGACCCCAACCUGGCUGGGGACUACGAACCCUGCAGCGACGAAGAGGAGGAGGAGGAGGAGGAGGAGGGGGAUGCAGUCAUGGAGCACUGAGAGCCCUGGAUCCCAGCGAGGUUCAUUGACUGUUGCUUAUUGUCUGCCUAACUGACUUUGGUGAAGUUAUACCAUCGUCUUUUUAAUCGCCGUGUUUAUUCAAAUAUGAACUGUUUGUGAACUAGACACAUUAAAGGAAGUCAGUCCAUUGGUUGUUUUUACUCUAUAUUUCAAAGUGUCGAAGAGGUUGAAACGGAUGGAAAUCCACCAUUGAUCUUCUCCACGAAUGCUAAUGAAAACAUGCAUGUGGUUUUAGAGUACAUUCUUGGCAAGGAAGGAGGGAAAAUAUGUUAUCCCCAUCACAUAAGUACAUGUAAAACUACAGCUUACCACUUCUAUUCAUCUCUUGACAGUAGGGUCUAGCAAACGUGUCAAAUCUAUUAACCCAGGUUAAUUUCCCUAUGGGGACGGAGCUCUGCCAGGCGGAGGAGUUUCAGGCAGAUAAAGGCUAAACCAAUAGAAGGCAAGUUGGGGAAACAAGCCAUCAUGGGCUGUAUAAACGUAGUUGAAAGAAAUCGACAAAGACCAAUAUUUACAUGCAAUGUCAUUCACUUUGUCACCAUGGGACAGUGUGUGAAGUACUCGAUACACGGCUAAGGCUGCAGAUGUCUGGCACCAAAGAAGAACGUGUGCUUUAUUUUUGCUCUUUGAAAAGGCUCAGUCUUCGAUUAGGGUAAUGAAAGGACCGAGCUAAUAACUUGAAAGGCUGCACUCUUGACCCAGCCAGCUAAAUAACAUGGAGCGGUUUAAAUGCUCUGUAUUUUGGGCGGAGGGAACUACAACUGAAAAUAAACUUCAGAACAAGUUGUAGAAAUGCAGACUCCAAUACUAUAAGUCGGCGGUCGGCUUAGCUCAGGACGUAGAGCAUUUGUCUUGUAACCGAAAGGUUGGUAGUUCGAUCCCUAGCUCCUAGCGAGUGUUGAUGUGUCCCUGAGCAAGGCACUUAACUGCUCCUGACGAGCUGGCUGUUGCCUUGCAUGGUUGACUCUGCCGUCGGUGUGUCAAUGUGUGUAUUAACCGGUGUAAGUCGCUUUGGGUAAAAGCGUCUGCUAAAUGCCCUAAUUGUAAUUGUAAUUAUAAGUCUGAACAGACUUACUCGUACUGUCAUUCUACUUUCUUUCUGAGGCCCCGUUUACACAAGGGCGCUUGCGGGUAAAAAAGACAAAAUAUUUUAUCUGAAGUGCCUUUCGUUUAGGCGGGGACAGCGUUUUUGGGGCUUAAAAUCGCAAAAAUCUGAAACCACCCUUCAAAGUGUAAAAAUUGAAUACGCUCCGUCAUAGCGUUUCCGUCUACACUGUCAAGACGCAAAACUCUGCUCAGAUCUGCUCACGUCGCGUACGCGAUUACGUUGCAUAUGUAACCGGUUAGUUUCUGGCGUUGUCUGCGUUGUGUUUUGAUGAAGAGGCCCAGACCAGGGCCCCAUUUCCCGAAAGCAUCGUUAGCCUAAGUGGAUCGUGAAGUGCGUCGUACGAGCAUCGUACAGUUUUCACACAGUUUCCCGAAAGCAUCGUUGGUAACGUCGUGAAAACGCUCAUAGCUAACGAGGACUCCAGGGGUACUCGUAGGAUGCUAAAAGCAUCGUUAGCCUACUACAGCCCCAGUGGCGUCACCAGCGGACAUUCCUUGUAUUGGAUGUGUUUUAUUAAAACACAUCCAAUACCACGGAAUGCCCAGCUGGCACAAAUUCGCAACCAAAAACAGUGGUUACCACCGAUAUAUUACUCAUAGACUACUGUUAGAUUUAAACAGCAAAGAUAGACAUGUUAGAAGUCAACAACAACAUAAUUUAUUGCAGCAAUUUAAAAUUCCCAAAAUACAUGCGCAGCCGAAAUGUACCGAUCAAUCGCCACGUCACAAGGCAUAUAAUAAAAUCAAAUGAUUCUAUCGCUCUUGUGUGGGAGGUCACUUUCGAGCUGCACUUGCUGUCUCCCUCUGAUUUUAAUUCAACCAUCGUGGUUAAAAUUUCCUCAUAUUGAUCAUCAAUGACAGAAGACAUAGGCUACUGUAGACUUGAAUCAUGCUGAGACCAGACUGUCGGAUAAUUUCUGCAGGCGUUUUUUGUUGCGAUUGUUUGCAUUAAGCACUGUAGGCGCUUCAGUGGCUGUGAUGAAGUUCACUAUUUAUUAGAACGUGUCUAGACAGUAACGAACAUCCCUGACCAUAGUUAAUCGCGAUUGUAGUCUACUAUGGAAGUAAAUCUGUGCCAUCGGGUUUUGAAAAUAAAAACACAUUGAAUUAUAAGCACUGAAUAUUUAUGCAUUGAA